AUGAAACGGUUCGACUUUACUUUUCACUCUUCUGUAUCACUGAAAUCUUUUAGAGUUCCAAAUCGACAGUUGCUUCGACAGUCCAACCAAUGCUACUUUGGACAGCAACGAAACAUCAGUGCUUUUGCUUUUGAUAUCGAUGGAGUGUUGUUGAGAGGUCAUAAACCAAUUCCGAAGUCCAGAGAAGCAUUGAUAGAACUCAAGAAGAACAAGAUUCCGUUUUUGUGUCUCACUAACGGAGGAGGAUUUAUGGAAUCCGUAAAAGCUGAUUAUGUCAACAAUAUUUUACAAUUACCUGAUGAGUUUAAACUCACCCCAGAACAAAUGAUUCAGAGCCAUACUCCUUUUCAAGAAUUUGCAAAGGACUAUGAGGACAAAAAAGUAUUAAUUGUAGGAGGUUAUGAUUGUUUAAAUGUCGCAAAAUCCUAUGGAUUUAAACAUGCUGUUCAUGUGGAUGAAUAUCAUAGAAAAUAUCCUUUCCUUUACAGCAUCUUUCCUCCUAGAGAUCUUACAAAGGAAGAAUAUAAAAGAAUGAAGCAAAUGUAUUCAUUUGAAAUAGAUCCUGAAGAUAGAAUGAGUGCUGUACUUUUUAUGUAUGAAAGCGAUCAUCUCGGACGUGAUUUACAGAUAGUAUUGGAUUUUGUAUUGAGCAACAAUGGGUGUCCAGGACAUCUACAAGACUAUAACUUUGAAAAUUUUGAACAGACUUGUAAGCUUGUCAUGUCUAAUCAAGACUUUCUUUAUUCUUCUUCAUUUUCAUGGCCCAGAUUUGGACAAGGAAUGAUUAAGCUGUGUCUUCAAAGCAUUUUUAAAGAGCUUACUGGAAAAGAUUUACAAAUUCAACAAUACGGAAAGCCUAUGAAAGUCACAUAUGACUUUUGCACAAAACGCUUGAACGAGUUGGCAAAAAACAAUAAUAUUGCAGAGCCUAUCGACAGAAUAUUUAUGGUGGGUGACAAUCCUUUGUCGGACAUUCUGGGUGCUCAUAAUGCUGGAGAUCCAUGGCAAUCAGUACUGGUUAAAACUGGUCUCUAUACGGGAGAUCUUGACGACAAAAAACCAGCUCACUUUGUCGUUGCCGACGCUUUUACGUUUGUGACUCAACAUUUGCAAGAUGGAUCGUUGGACAAGUAA